UCAAUGACAGAUCUUUAAUCUAAAUUAAACGAAAGUCGAAAACCGAAUUUUAUAAAUCUCGAGAAUCCUUAAGAAUAUUGAAGUCUUGGUAACAUCGAUGAUUGAAGUUUUAGUGUCUUCUCUUUUACUGUCUUUACGGUGAUUUUGAUAUAUGAUAGGCAGUUAGAAGAAAAGCCUUGGCAAUGGCUGACAAGGACCAAAUUAUUCAGGCUUUACGUGCAACUCUUAUUUCAGUCAAGGGAGCAUUGACUCUAAAAGAGUGUAACCGUGAUUACAGGGAACUGCAAGGGGAGGCUAUACCUUAUAAAAGAUUAGGAUAUUCAACACUUGAUAAAUUAUUUCAAGAUGUCCCUGGUUUUAAAUUAAAAGAAAUAAAUGGGGAAUGGUAUGUUGAUGCAAUUGCAAGUCGAGAGACUCAACAUAUAGCAACAAUGGUGUCUCGGCAAAAAUCAAAUAAAAAGCCAGCAAAGUUGAACUCUCCAGGUCGUUUUCCAAGAGCUAAACAAGGGUCAUGGAGGAAGUCCACUUCAAAUUAUGAAUCAAACUGCAAUAACAUGUUGUACAGAGCCAAAACACCAUAUAAUAAUAACAAUAACAGCUAUAACGGAAAAUUUAACAAAUAUAGUAAAUCAUUUGAAACAAAAACCAAUACUCAACAUAAUUCAAAGCAGCCAUUGAUGAGAAAUAAGAGUGAAAAUUAUGACAAAAGUAAUGUAAAUGCCAAGAGCAAUACUCAAAUAAAACCGGAUAUCAGUUAUAGUGUAGAGAUUAAGCAUUCCACAAAAAAUGAAAAACAGAGUGACUUUAAGAGUUCUAGUAAAACACCAGCAUCAGAAAGACUAACUAAUUUUAUGGAUAGACUUAAUACAGUUGAUCUUAUUCCAUUGCAAUUGCCAGCUCAUAAGGAACAAUGUGAUACAACAAAUUUUUUGGUACCAAAUGAUACAGUAUCACAUGCAGUGGCGUGUAGUUUAGAACCUCCUCCCGAUUCAACAUCAGCUAUAGUACGACUGGAAUGGAUUUGUAAGGAGCUGGGUCUUCCACAACCAGUUUUUAAAGUUCAAGAUCUGAGUCUAAAAGAAGGCCCAAUCUAUGCUUGUAAGGUUCAGGUUGGUUCGUAUUUGGAAUCAUCAUACCCGGAACCUUCGUCAUCUGAGGAUCUCUCAAAAGAACUUGCAUCUGAGAAAAUGCUCCACGCUAUUCAGAGUUCUGAUGCGGGAAGGCUUCCUACUUCUUCUAAUAAUAAAGCGCUGCUUGGUCUAACUGAAGUUGUGUUUGAACAUGAAGCAGGUGUUUGGGCUAGCCAUGUUCCCCAUUUAUAUAGAGAAAAGUAUAAAGAAAAUUUACCCAAAAAUUGGCUGGAAUUAGUGGAGAAAUGUCCAAAGAUCAUAAUGGAAAAAGUUUUAAAUAGGCGUGUAUUGAUAUUCCGUAAUUCUGAGAUUAGCAGCAGCGUAGCUGAUUAUGCAGAUAACGAUUUGCCACCUUUACAAUUUCCCAAAGAAGACUUUUGGAAUGUUUUUAUCACGGUCGCUAAUUCCAGUAUAGAAAUUUGGCUUCGAAUUAUUGGUCCACAGUAUAGUGAUCAAUUUGAAACACUUCUUGCGGACAUGGCAAAGUAUUACGAGUUUACUGGAACAACUGUAGAGAGAUCUAUGAUUUUAAUUAAUGCUUGGUAUGCCGUAAAUUUGGAGGAUGGUGGAUGGCAGCGCGCUAAAAUCAUGGAGAUCCAAGACGAUACAGCCACUGUGUUCCUUGGAGAUCACGGGGAUGAUGAUGUCGUCUAUCUAAACCAAAUAAAGGUCCUAGAGCCGCAAUUUAGGCGACUACCUGCUCAAGCAAUCCUAUGCCGGUUGGAUGGUGCUGAGGAGUUGUCAGUCAGUACUACAGGUGAUGAGCUGGUCGUGCAAAGAUUACCGGGAGAGGUUUUGGUAGCUGCCCCUGGACCUCGCACUGACCCCAAUGACCCAGUAGUGGCAGUGGUUCUAUUUGACACCUCUACCCAACUUGACCUUAACCUCAAUAAGGAGAUAGUUCACGACUUUUGUAUUGCCGGCGGUUUUACACUGACUAAGGAGUUGUGCGAGGUAGAAGUGGGGUGCGUGACUGAUGAUGGGCGUGUGUGGGUAUCUCGCGUUGGUGGCGCGGCCGUAGUUCGUAACGCUUUGGCAUUACUAACGUCGGGGCCUUACCGCCGACCAUUGCCCGCUGCACCCCAAGCGCCCCCGACCCAACCCGGGACUCUAUACAUCGUGCGUACCUUCGCUGGCGACUGGGUUCGAUGUACAAUUAUCAGCGGCUUAGACGGAGAAGGCACCGUUCGUACGCAAUUAGUGGACAGCGGUCUCGUGAUGCGUGCACCACUUUCAUCGCUCGUGCCCUUGCAGUCAUUCUCACCGGCGCUUAACGUCUACCCCUAUCAGGCGCGUCAAGUGCGUUUGGGCGGGGCGGAACAAGCGGCGAGCGCAAUGGUGGAGCGUGUUCGCGAGCUUCUAAUCGAUCAACCCGUGUUGUGCCGCGUCGCGCCCGACAACACGAACGCAACGCCCACCAACGUCGAACUCUUCGUACGAACCACGCCACAGCAACUACUGGUCUCCGUCAACCAUUCUAUCAACACUGAAUAUGUUCAACGUUCCAGUGGAAAAUUGGUGGUAGGAGAGAAAGAAAAGGAGGCCACUAAUCAUGUAGAAGAGUUGAGUAAGAAAAAAGAGCGAAUAUUCGGGCCAAAGAGUGUGGUCCUGACUGAAGACAAGACACGUCCCUUACCGCCGCCGGCGCUGCCCCCUGUUGGACAAUGCUUCGAUGUUCAAAUUGCUAUGGCAGCUAAUCCAUGGAACUUCGUUGUGCAGCCAAAUAGUUCUAGACAUAGCCUCCAAGCAAUGAUGUCUGACUUACAGAAGGAAUGUCCUAAAAUACCUGAGGAUGAAAUACCAACUAAUCCGACAAGUGGUGAACUUUACACUGGUUAUUAUGAAAAGGAUUCAUCUUGGUAUAGGGUCAUAAUAGCUAGCAGCGUCAUAUCCGACCGAGUGUCUGUGUACUUUUGUGACUACGGCGAUCUGGCGAUGUGUCCCAUACGUUCAUUGCGUCCCUUGCCCACUACCGUGCCACUUGCCAGGACAUUACCGCCGCAAGCUAUAAAAGCGCGCCUUUAUGACGUAUGGCCGCUUCACCAAGACUGGAGUGUAGAAGACUGUAUUAGAUUCCAAGAGCUAUGUGUUGAGCAGCAAUUUGUUGCUAUUUGUAAGGAAGUCGGCAAAGACCCACUCAACGCCAGUGAGCCUUUAUUGACCUUAGACCUAAUUGACACUUCGACUGAUGAAGACAUUUAUUUAAACAAACAACUUGUAGCUGAAGAACGAGCACGGUUGGGAUCUGCUUCUACAUCUGAUGUAUAAUCUAGGAUUUAUAACAAGUUAUUCAUAUUCUGCAAUGUUAUACUGUUGGCACUCAUAAUACAAAAGACGACCGAUUUUAGUUCCAGAAAGCUAAUUAGGUAAAUUUUUGCCAAAUUGUUGAUUGAUAUGAGACAGAAUUUUUAAGCAAUACAAAAUAUUCUAGUUUAUUCGUGAGAUGCAUAUUAGAUUUCUUAACUGGAACUUUAGUAACUGGCUUUCAUUAUAUUGUAUCAGAAUAUAGAGAAUGUAUAAGAAA